GAUGCCGUGUGAUCUACGUGAUUUAUCGUUAUUUGAUCUACUUUCGGUUUACCAAGGUGCACACGGUUUUUCACGGUGUUCCAUGAAUAAACGUUUUGGACAUCAGUACGAGGCGUCAUCCUUGACCGGGGUAGAUACAGUGAAAACGUGUCCUCAUCCAUCCUUCUGGAGGCUUCGGCGCGCAGGUGCUUCCCCCACGGCAAGCUAUCGGCUUCGGCGCACAUCACGUAGCAAGCUACGAGCUACAUCGAGCGUCGUCGCACUCGACCUGCGUGCCACGCAGCUAUCCACGAGUUACUUCGAACGUCGUCGCACUCAACCCGCAGUAAGCUACAGGCCUCAGCAUGCAUCGUCGCUCCUCAACCGGCAGUAAGGCAAGAUUUCAACGUGCGACGGUGCUUCUCAUCCUGUAGCAGCUAAAGGUUUCGGUUGACAUUAACCAGAGUUGGCAAAGGCCUAUACAGCUUCCAGUAGCUCACAAAGUAGGUGGAUAGAACAUAGGCGAAGAUUAUCAUAAAUGAGAACUAAUGAAUGCGAGUUCUUGAAUGUGUGAAAAUAUCUGUUGAAUGUUUGACAAGCGCAUCAUUGUUAUUAUUGCUCUGUAAAACUCCGGUUCUGAAGUUUGAAAGCUCCAAAAAUGUCUCAAUAUAGUGACAGUCAGUGUGAUGAGAUGCAAGAGCAUGAAAAUGUGGAAAGGGAGGCUGAGGCAAAAAUAAGAAAAUACUCUUGUUUAAGACAUUUGACACCUAAAAUGCAGGAACUAAAGGAGAAAGAGUUCAUUCAAAAGGAAGGCAAGUUGAAUGUAACUUAUGAGAAAUGGAAAAGUCAUGUUAGAGAAACCCGAAGAAAGUUAAAACAAUGGUGCCCUGAGCAAGACAUGUACGACAUGAUGGAUGAAGUUGAGAAGCUUGAGGGUGAGAUAAAAGAAAUAUACGACAGUGUCCGAAGCCGGACAACACCAAGUCAAGAAUCACGGCGAAAAGUUGAUUCACGUGUAGCGGCAACAGCAGACUUACUGCAAGUAAUGAGAAUCCGUCUAACAGAAGAUGAAGAAGAUUUUGAUGCUGUGGCAGAAAACGCAAAAUUACACAUGCUGCUAGAUAACGAAUAUGCCAGGUCCAUAUAUGGUUCCACCGCCUCCAUAGUUACAGCACCCAGUGCCAAGCCUUCCGGGCACCCGUCCGAAUCGCCAAGCAUUUCAGUUAAGCCGGCCGAAAUGGCUGCUCUUCUGGCUGCGAAGGAGGCUGAGAUUAACAUGGAAGAGGCUAUUGAAGCUCAACGUCAGCAGUUGAAAAAACUUGAAAAUCAGAGAGACAUGGAAGUAAUUAAGGCACAGUUAGGUGUAUAUGAGGAAGAGGAAAUUAAGGAAAGGAAUGGUACGAGGAGCCCCGUACACACCAAAGAGAAUGUUGCAUUUCCUUCUUCUCACUAUGCCACACGUCACGAACAGCAAACUGUACAAAAUGAGACAACCUUGGUUCAGACAUUACAGGAAUCAUUAGCACUCAGUCGCUUUCCAAACCCAGAGCCUACAGUAUACUCAGGUGAUCCUCUGAACUUUAUAGAGUGGAGUACAAGCUUCAAAGCUCUGAUAGAGAGGCGAUGCUCAAACCCUGCAGAUAGGUUGUUUUAUUUACAAAAGUACAUAGCAGGGGAGGCAAAAUCUUCUCUUGAAGGCAGUUUUUAUAGAAGAGAUGAAGAAGCCUAUCAGCAAGCAUGGGAUCGACUCAACACCAGAUAUGGUAAUUCCUUCAUUGUGCAGAGGGCUUUCAGAGAAAAACUCAACGGAUGGCCAAAGAUUGGUGGGAAGGAAUAUUUCAAAUUGAGCUAG